GUGGCGGCCGUUCCCAGACAACAGACUAGCAGCCAAGUAGGAAACUGAUCAUGAGCAUCCCCCCUCACCCCGUUUUUCUCUCUCUAUAUAUAAGUAUAUAUUGCUUCUGCAUAUUCCUAGAAAUUGUUUCUGCCAUGGCCUGGGAUGGAAAUUAAGUAGUACUUUCUGAGUCUGAAAGCCGAAUCUUCCUGGGUUUUGUUCUUGUUUUCAGCUAUAUAUGUGUUGUACGUAGCAGUUAAAGAUUACGAGAAAAGCUCCAAAAAAAAAAAAAAAAAAAGAAUCAAAUUUUGUUAAAUAUCUAUAUAGGUAGCGUAGACUGGUGAUCAUCAUCAUCCUGCCAUGGAAGGAACUUGUUUUUCGACGUCAACAAGAGCAGAAAAGCGCAAGCAGAGGCAGCAGCAGCAGCAGCAGCAGCACCACCACCACCAGGAGAAGCCAUACAGAGGUAUAAGGAUGAGGAAGUGGGGGAAGUGGGUGGCUGAGAUUCGAGAACCCAACAAGAGGUCUAGGAUUUGGCUCGGUUCCUACACAACCCCUGUCGCUGCAGCGCGAGCCUACGACAUCGCCGUUUUCUAUCUCCGCGGCCCUUCCGCUCGGCUUAACUUUCCCGAUUUGAUCUUCCAAGAAGAUCGCCACGUCGACGAACUCGGCGACAUAUCCGCCGCUUCUAUACGCAAGAAAGCCACCGAAGUCGGAGCCAGAGUCGACGCCUUCGAAGCCGCUCACCAUCCGUCCCAACCGAAGUCUGGUCGAGUCUCAGAGCCGCCCGAUUUAAACGAGUAUCCGGGCCCGGAAAACUCCGAUGAAGAUUGAAGACACGCAUAUAUAUAUAAAUACUUAUAUAGUUGGGCAGUUGCUUAAUAUUAGUUUCUUCAUGUCUUUUCCAUCUUCUCAUGGUGUGCCAGAAAGAGAAAAAGAGAGAGAAUCUCAUCUGACACAUCCACCGCUAAGAAAAAGAAGAAAGAAGGUUGUGAAAAUAGAAUCAACAGGUCCUGUUUGAUACGUUUAGAUUUCCCCCAGUUGUAACCAGAAGUACUAGUAAUUAGCAGAAAUAGUUUUGUCAGAGAAUGAUCAUCGGAUUAGUUCUUUAAUUUCAA